AUGCUUGUAGGUCUCAAGUUUUCUCCAACUAAUAGUUUGGACGACCUACUCACUUCUUUCUGCUCAAAUCCAUCCGCUCCAGUAUCCUCAAAAAGUUCAAGCUCUCCUCAUCCUUUCUCACCUGGUUGUGCCUCUAUUAUCGCUAGCCAAGCUUGCCUAUCUUCUACUCAUUUACCAUCCAACCGCGCUGACAAUAAACCUCUCGCCAUCUCAAUUCGAUCCGAUCUCCCGCUUCCGUCUAUUGGAUCAAAAACUUUGUCUUUCCAAUCACCACCUAUCGUUAAUUGGACAACUGGCACCACUUCUUCUUACUCUGUUCCUUCAACCUCAAUACAAAUCAAAUCCAAACACUCAACUGGGGGUGAAAAUGUUUCCCAAGCAUUCGAAGACCUUGAUAUGAUGGGACGACAAAUAUUUGGCCUAUUAAAAACUGAGUGA